CGCCCACUGACCAUUAUCAGCCUUUGGGCCUUAAAUACGCCGCUUGCUUUUGGUCUGUGCACUCACUCACAAACACACAUACACACACACAGAUACACACGCGCGUACGCUUUCCGGGCACCCACAUGAGGGAGUUCAAGAGCAAGGCGUUCUGGAGGGCCGUCCUGGCCGAGCUGGUGGGCAUGACCCUGUUCAUCUUCCUCAGCAUCGCGGCGGCCAUCGGCCAUCCGAGCGCACCGGGUCAAGAGGUCAAGGUGUCGCUGGCCUUCGGGCUGGCCAUCGCCACGCUGGCGCAGAGCCUGGGCCACAUCAGCGGCGCCCACCUAAACCCGGCCGUCACGCUGGGCAUGCUUGCCAGCUGCCAGAUCAGCGUGUUCCGGGCCGUUGCGUACGUGGUGGCCCAGUUGCUGGGCUCCAGCCUCGCCAGCGGCAUUCUUUACGGGGCGCGGCCCGCCACCACGGCUGAGCUGGGCCUCAAUAAGCUGAACGGCAUCACCCCCAGCCAGGGCGUGGGCAUCGAGCUCCUGGCAACUUUCCAGCUGGUGCUGUGUGUCAUUGCCGUGACUGAUAAACGGAGGCGCGAUGUCACCGGUUCGGCGCCCUUGGCCAUAGGCCUCUCCGUGUGCCUCGGACAUUUGGCGGCGAUCAGCUACACGGGCUGCGGCAUCAAUCCCGCGCGUACCUUCGGUCCGGCUAUGAUCCUGAAUGACUUCACCGACCACUGGGUGUACUGGGUUGGGCCCAUGUGUGGUGGCGUGGCGGCGGCCCUGGUUUAUGACUUCCUGCUGUCGCCCAAAUUUGACGACUUCCCAGAACGCAUGAGGGUGCUGGUGAACGGCCCCGUGGGCGACUACGAUGUCAACGGCGCCAACGACACCUCCACCGUGGAAAUGGCCCCCAAAUAGUCGGUCGAGCACAUAGCUUGCCGUGUAUGUCUAUACGCUCUUGUGAAAAGAAAAAAAAAAGCUAUUUGUUUCAGCGUCAUUGUUUCUAGAAGCUGCAAAUGUAUUUUUGUAGCUCACGUAAACACACACACACACACACACAUGCACACGCACACACAUACGCUGCUCAUCUUCAAGGUUGCAGCAAGUGUAUCGACAUGUGUUAAAAUGUUCUCUCAUUAUCAGUAUUCUGUAUGGUGUGUCAUUUUUGCAUACAAGUUUGUGCUUUCAUCACUUUUGUGUCUAUGGUAUUGAAAUGUCACUUUUUAAAAAAAGAAAUAAAACACUUGUUUCACUUAAA